AUGGGACGUGGUGGGAUCAUGGGCCAGAGAAUUGUAGGGCUUUACCCCAAAGGGAGCCCUUCCAGAAAUUCUCGAAGGCCUAGGUUGAACCUAGGCCCAAGAGGGGGUUUGGAAAUAGUUUUCAACCAGCAAUAGACGCGCCUCGGUUAGAACCUCACUAGCUGCGUCAUUGC